AUGGAGCUGCAGAGCAUGGCAGGUACUGCUCAGGAGGAAAACUCCCACACCUCCUUUUUCCUGUUCCUGGUUGCUGCCCUGCCCACAUUAAUAUAAACAUCGCAGCUCAAAGUCUUUCCCACGUAGGAUAAUUGACUGCAGUGAAGCACUGCAUGGAACAGCUUGCUGAAGGGAGAAAGGAGGGCAAGGGCUGCCUCCUGUUCAUAAUCAUAGAAGCUUGGACAGUGGCCAGAACCGAAUGAGGUAAAGCUAGAAAACAAAGAAUAACAAUAAAUUCCAGCUGUGCUGUUAUUCACAAAAGGUGAGUGAAAAAAUAAUAAAUCCAUCUUUUAUUAUCAUACAGGGUCUUUUCUGUGCUGGCUCCACCUCUUUCGAUUUUCUUCCUAGUAGGGUGACUAACCUUCAGGCAUCUUGAAAGGCAUUCAAGACUUAUAUGGCUUGAUUGGCCUUCCCUCUCACGGGAUGGAAGUUGUGCUUUUGGGUUGCUGAGUCUUUCGAUUUAUUUAUUUUUGUGUCUCUAUUCUGUUUUAGGUUUUACUAAUAAACUUGUAGGUUUUUAUUGCUGUGAUUUACUUCGGACAGGAUUUGGCUGGAAAAGCAGCAUAUAAAUAAUUUAAAAUAAACAAUAUGAAUCAAACCUUUCUUAACAAUGCUUAGGAAUUCCUGAGAACCAACAAUAAUUGCUCAGAGUUAGGUAAAAUCCAUCCAUUAUUGUUCUACCGUUCACUUUUUCUAAAAGCAUUUCCUGGUUGCCUGCUGAGCUUUGCCCUGGUCCCAAUCCAAUUAACUCCUGGGUUGCUCAUAGGACUCAAACUAGAAUUAGAAAAGCCAGCCAGUGAAUCUGCUGUAUCAGCCAAAAGCAACCACAUAUUCUGAAAAACGGGAUUCAGGGAUUUGGGGUUCAAAAUUCUCAUGGCUAUUAUUUUCCCACUUGUGCUUUUGCUGCUAGAUCUGCGGUGAGCUACCUUCCAUGGACCUCUCUAUAGGUACUGCGCUCUUCUUGAUUUUCUCCAGCUACCUCUCGGAUGCAAAAACCCGAAACUAUACAAUUGAACUCUCAGUGCCAAAUGGAGGGCCAUGGGGUGAAUGGGGACCCAUAGAAUUCUGUCGCAAAGGGUAUGCAAAUGGAUUCACAUUGAAGGUAGAUACCUCCUUGUGUCCUCCUUUUCAGGCACCUUGGUGCCAAGUAGCUGUGACAAUAAGUAUGAAUGGACAGAGUCCUGGGGCGGCUCUGCUCAGCUGACCUCCAUCUGACUAAGUUGCUUGGUGGUGAGGUCAUUAUGAUGCAAACGUACUGGUGGAACACUAGGGCCCUUCAGCAUUUGAGGUUCUUCUUCAUGUGCCUUCUCUGUGCGAAGUCUGGAGGGCAACAAUACAAGAAUGGGUCUUUUAUGUGGUGGCUCCUUACCUGUGGAAUGCUCUGCCCAGAGACGUUUGCCUGGUGCCUCCGUUACAUAUCUUUAGGUGCCUGGCAAAAGCAUUCCUCUUCUCCCAGGCCUUUGGCUAAUUAUACCGUUGGUGGGUAUUGUUUUGGUUUGUUAUCAUGGCAUCUAUUCUUGUGUUUUCACAUUGCAAACCACCCUGUGAUCUUCAGAUGAAGGGUAGUAUAGAAAUUUAAUACAUGAUGAUGAUGAUAUUGCACCAUGCCAAUUACACCUGAACAUAGUUCCCAUAAUUGCUGGGGGAGCGUAACAUGAAUUCAGUUCAUUUUGAGGCAGAACUUUUGAAUGAUUUCUAGUUCAUCUUCAAGGUCCUUCUCUUACGUGUGUUAUUUACACCUUAGACCCUUUGGGCAUUUAAGCUUAAAUAUCAUAUUUUUGAGGGGAAAGAAAUCAAACUAUUUGUAUUCUGCUGUGUGUGGAAUGAUGGUUCCUUAGUCUUCUUAAGCAAAUUUUAUGCAUCAAUAUAACAGCUUGUGACAUUCUGGAGGCCGAUAUAUUUUUUGCCGAGGACAUACUUGAAUUGAACUGUGAACUGAAAUAGUUCAUUUUGUAAAGGGGCAAACAUGAACUGGAAUUAGUUCUUUUGGGGGCAUGUAAAAUGAGAUCCUUUUCGAAUCAAACUUUCCAAGCUCUGUACAAUACUGUCAAAUUCAGCCUGCCAAACUAGUGUGUGUGAAAUUCCUCCUGAAAAUGCAGUGCUUUGUGGUCUUAUUGCAAUCACACGUGGUCUUAUUGCAGCUUCUUUUCUUCUCCAGGUAGACCCAUGGCAUCGUUUUCAAAUACUUAAAGAUGAAACAUCUCUGAAUGGCAUCUGCCUCUCUUGCACAGAUGGCACAGAAAUUCACUCUUCUGUUGGACCGUGAGUAGCUUUAAAUAUUCCAUUCCUUGGCUUUGUUGUUAGAAAGAAGUAUGGAACCAAAUCUGGCAAGUUCUUGCCCUUUCCCUGAGUUCUUGAGGAGGAUACAUCUUGAAUUAUGGUGAUUUAUUCAUGGGCUGCCAAACCUGAGUGCAUCAACAACACAACAGGGUUGGGAUGUGAUAAAAUAGGGAAAUGCAAUGUAGCAAAAGAUAGUUGCUCAACAUUUGGAUGUAGUUCCAGUAUACAUCACGUUUCCUUCCCCAGGAAUUAAUCAUUGAGCUAACAAAAUUAAAUAAAACAGAAUUCCAUUCUACAUCUAUUUCCAUAUGAGGUGAAUAAAAUGUGAAGAGAAUGCAUACAUGCAACAUUACCUGUGUAACAAAAUGUAGGCUGUAUUAGUUUGGAACAAGGGUAAGAAAUGACAAAAUAACUCAUCUAAUCACAUUUGAGCGUCUGCGCAUGCGCGAGCAGCGAAACCCGGAAGUUACUUCUGGGUCGCCGCGGAGUGUAACCUGAGAAAUGCUCAACCUGAAGCACAUUUAACCCGAGGUAUGACUGUACCUUCCAUAUUUCCUCAAAGUCAAAGCUCCCAGAAUUCUUUGGGGGAAGCCAUGUGCUUCAAAUAUGUGCUGGAUGGGCAUUGAAUGUAUGGUGAAGACGUGACUUGAGCAAACAUUUCUUCAGAGUAUUAACACCACUAUCUUUGUCAGGUGGGGGAAGUGGACAAAGACUGAGACUUGUCCUAAAGGCCGUCUAAUCUCAUUUUCUCUGAGAGUACAAGAACACCGAGGAAUUCUUUUGGAUGACACAUCAGCUGACAAUAUCAGGUUCAGCUGCGAACAUGGGGCUGUCCUGACAGGUCAUUCAAAUAACUGGGGCACUUUUGGCCCAUGGAGUGCAAUCUGUCCUCAAGGUGCCAUAUGUGGAAUUCGUACCAAAACGGAACCUCAGAUGGAAAAAGGCGACAACACAGGACUUAACGAUGUGAAGUUCUACUGCUGCGACUGA